AUGUUUCGUUUAGUUCCAGAACCUCAGAUUGAGGUUGACGUUCACAUCAAUCUAGUGGACAUAUUGGAUUACGUCGGGGAUUCUGUGCGUCCGAUUCGAGAAGGCCUGUCAGUGCUGGAAGCCCAGCACAUUGUAUGUUUGGGAUACACCACAAAAUCUGCCACUACAAUGCACGCAAAGGGUUUUGUUCUACAGAGUUCCCAUCCUGCGGAACGUCCCCAUGAAAUUAAUCUGAAGUUACCAUACGACAACACAAUGUGGGAUUUGAGUUGCUCCUGCAAAGCCGGAACUAAAAGGUGCAAGCACAUAAUAGCAUGUUUACUACAAAUAAGCCAGUUCAAGAGUCUGGAGUAUAUAUUGUGUACUGAAGCUACACAGGCUUGGGGUUAUUCAAAAAAAGAAAAAAACAGUCUCUGGGGAGCUAGAGUGGUGCAAGAAAUGUGCUGUGUGCGCCGCACUAAGCCUUUGAUUUGCAAAGAUGAUGAGUUCCGAGUCAACUUACUGUCGGACGCAUUCGAAAAGUUAAUAUCAGCUGCUCCAGAUUCUUCUAUUUCGAAGCAUCGCACAGGGCGUCACAACAAUCCGGUUGAGUUCCGCGCAGGCAUAAGUGCCGCUAAUGUGUUUCAACCACAUGAUGCAGUUCAUUGCACAAUCGAGGAUCUCAACAAGUUAUUAUUCAACGGUAAUAAUAUCACAUCCGAGUGCCAGUUGGAAUUAUACGAUUUGCGUCCUGAAGAUAACGAUUUCUUCGAGAGGAUUGUUAAUAUGUGGGUGCUGAAGUGUAAUAAAGCCGACUUCGUGGUAUAUUCGGCACAUGACGACGAUUUUAUUGUCAUUGAAGUGGACUAUGAUCCAGAGUUCAUAAUUGAACUCAUAAAGAUUCUGAAGCCGAUUUACUUCAACUACAUACUGCCCAAAUUGAAGCGUUAG